UAGGAUAUGUGUGAAAUUUGGGGGCAAUAAAUAUCGACUUUCUGCAAAAAUGGAUGAUCCAAGAAUCGAGUGGAUUCGUGAUCGUGUUUAUUUAGCACUUGACAUCGAAGACCCUGAAGUUUUCGAUGAAUUGCUCAACAGGGAUGAUGGGAUUUCUGAGCGUGAAGUUGCUGCCUUUCUGAAUGACAAUCCUGAAGAAACUCCCUCUGCAUUGCUCUUCUACAAAAAUGUGGUUGAAGAAGAAGAAGAAGUUGAAGUUGAAUGUGAGCCAGAAAUUCCUGAUAUUGAACAAGAAGGCGGUGAGGGAGAAGAAGGCACAGAGAUUGGUGCACCUACACCUGCCCUCAGUGCACCAUCAGAAGUAGACCAGGCGCCUACACCCUCUGCUGGAGAAACACCAGAUAUCGAUGAUAAGAAGAAAAAAGGCAAGAAAGGUAAAAAGGGCAAAGGUAAAGAGACACCUACUGUUGAAGAGAGGGAUGAGAAGGUCGAGGAACCCAAACCAGAGACGCCUAAACCAGAGCCUGCUGAUGGAGAGGCUGUGCUGGAGCAGCUACUUGGUGAAGAUGGAGAGCCGAUUGAAGCUGCUCCUACGACAAAAAUUGUCAUUGUGAAAGUCAUGCGUACCUACCUUCACAUGUCCUACCAACAUCUCCCAGAAAAAGUAGCUGAGGUUGACUGUAUCUAUUUCCUACGUAAUACCCCCGGCAUGGUACCGCUGCCUAACACAAUAGAGGAGGCCAAUGACAUGCUGCCAUCAUAUUUUGAGAUGGGUAUCCUAAAUGGACACUCACUUGUCAUGCUGGAACAGGUCAUUACAAAGGUCUAUAUGCCCAUCCUGUCUUUCAACCAACAUAAGAAUGGUGAUGCAAGUGGCAAAUCGGAGCAUCCUCCAACACGCGAAGACAAGUCAGCUGCCCAUGAGAUUGAGAGGGAGGACACUAAGGAAGAAAUGAGUGUCAGUGAGUUGAGAGCCACGGCCAUGCUUCGGGAUGAGUUCCUCAUUAACAUGGAGAAAUUCGCCUCAAGUAUCAAUCGCACAAUCCAACAGAUCGAAGGAGAGGUUCGAUUAGAAAUUCCCGACAUUGAACUUUCCCCCGAUAUGGAUGAGAACUUGAACAACCCUGAUAUUAUUGCAGAGGUUGAAAUGAUUGUGUUGAAUUGGGACCGGCAGCUGGGAGCAGCACUUGAUCAGAUGUUGAAAAAGAUCCCGCAAGGGAACGGGCCCCUAGCUGAGAUAGACUUCUGGCGGGAGAGAAAUGCUGGCCUGAGCGCAUUAGUUGAGCAGUUGAAGUUGCCUAAGGUUCAGCAGAUUUUCAAUGUUUACGAAUCCCUUGACACACAUGUUGAAGAUCACCGAGCAGAUCUAAACAAGUACUACACUGAGGCCAAAGACAAUGUGCGUUUCUUGUCCACGCUUGAGCGUCAUUUCAAAAACAUUACCCAUGGUGCUACAUUCCAUGUUGUGAUAGAUACGAUUCCGUCCAUGAUGAAUGCGUUGCGUAUGGUAUGGAUUAUCUCACGCCAUUAUAAUCGUGAUGAGCGUAUGGUGCCAUUGAUGGAGAGGAUAGCUUGGGAGUUGGCUGAGAGGGUAGCCAAGGUCAUCAAUAUUAGAACCCUCUACAAAGAUGAGCCUCCAGACGUGAAGAAGAAAACAUCUGAAGCUAGAAGGAUGUUGGAGUUAUGGAGGGAGUCGUACUUUGAAGUGAGAGCCAAGAUUGAACAGUCCGGAAGAGAUGCAAGGUGGGAGUUUGACAGAAGGAGGCUGUUUGAGAGAACCAACUACAUGGUCAGCAUUUGCAAAGAUCUGUAUGAUGUGGCACAGGUUCUUGAAGAGUUCUACAACAUCUUUGGUCCAGAGCUGAAGGCUGUAACAGGUGACCCAAAACGAAUCGAGGAUGUAUUGAAGAGAGUCGCUGCUCUUGUCAACCCCCUUGAGGAAGUGAACUUUGACCCCUUCAGCUUGAAGCACCAGACGUCCUGGAAGAGCGUCAUGGAAUGGUUCUACCGAGAGGUGGAGAGUAUUGAAAAUGAGGCAAAGAUGUUCAUCGAUGAGUCAUUCAAGUCUCUUCGCUCGGCUGAAGGGGCUUUUGACAUGCUGCUGAACUUCAAACACAUUCGAUCACGUGAGGUCAUCAACGCUCAGAUGAUGAUGAAAUUCAAUGAUAUCCUCUUACAGUAUGGGAAAGAGGUUGACAUCAUGGACUCGCUCUUCCAAGAGAACAAAGGACAUCCCCCACUUCACAAGAACCAUCCACCUGUAGCAGGCGCCAUCUAUUGGGAGAAGUCGCUCUUCCAUCGUAUCAAACAUACGAUCAUUCGUUUCCAAACCAUGGAAGACAUGAUGACAAGUGACCAAGGGAAAGCGGCCAGAGCCAAAUAUCUGCAUGUCGCGAAGCAAAUGAAAGCCUACGAAGACCACAAGUACGAACAGUGGAAAGAUAACGUGGAGCAAGUGCUGCCCUCUUUACUCAAGCGCAACCUGCUGAUAAAGCCAGCGGAGAAGCUUCAGCAGCAACAGGAGAGUGGGGAGCCAACUACCUUGGAUAAGGAAGAUGGAGCUGAUGAAAUAAUUCGUCACCAGUUGAGAUGGCAGGCCAUCUACGAAGAGAAUCAAAUGGAGCUAAAGUACAUGGUGGACUUCGAUCCGCAGCUUGCCGAGAUCGUGACUGAGACCAAACACAUGGAACAGCUCGGCUUCUCUGUGCCAGAGUUGGCAAGAAAUGUUGCUCUCCAGGAGGAGAAAUACAUCAAAUAUGUGGACGGAUUGAAGCACAUGUUGAACAGAUAUCACAAUGUUCUGGCUUCACUUGACCAUGCUGAGAGUGUCCUGUUAGAAGAUCACAUGAAAGAGCUUCGCAGAGUAAUCCGUCCAGGUUCCAAGAGGUUGAAUUGGAAUUCUCUUGGUAUCAGUGAUUUCAUCGCAAAAUGCGGUUCGGCCAUUGCCAAAUUCGAAUCUCUAGUCAAUCAAAUCCAGAAGAAUGCUCAAGAUAUCAAUCUUCGCCUGCUUAUGAUUGAAAAUGCUGACCUCUUCAAGAAACCUCCACCAAAGAUUGGAGAGGAUGUCCCAGGAUGCAAGGAAUUCUAUGAGUAUGUCGAGAGGGAGCGCGCUAAGGACUUCGAGACCCUGGCACGGAAGUACCGGGCGGUGGGACCCUUACUGACCAAGAUGGAGGGACUGGUUGUCCACACGAACACUGGCAAGUCGCCUAAGUUGCACCAGUACUACUCCUACUGGGAGCGAAGGGUCUUCCACUCACUCACAAAGUUGAUUCUGAAUAGUUUACAGCAGUUCAACACAAGCAUCACAGGUGAGCUGCCCUUGUUCGCCGUCCAGACUCUGUUGGCUGCUCCAGACGUCGUCCUCCACCCAGCUGCGAAUGAGGUUUAUAAACUCACACUACAGUGCAUCAGGGACUGUGUGGAGGGAACAAAGUCAUUCUUACGCUGGAUGAAUGGAACUUGUAUAGAAACGCCACCACAGAAGAUUGAGGGCGAAGAUGAACCGUUCAUGUUUACCUUCUUCACGGACAUCUCUGCCAAUCCAGACGUGAUCGAUCUCGUUCAAACAAUUCAGACGAACAUGAAGAACACGCUGACGACGUUGACGAGAUACUUGAACAGAUGGAAGAAGUACCGUCUGGUCUGGAAACAGGAUAAGGCUGCUGCAGCUGAAAAAUGGAUGCAAAAGAUGCCGUCCGUUGUUGCAUUUGAUGAUCGUCUGCAAUCAUUCUACAAGAUCAUGGAUGAAGUAGCAGCGCUGCCAAUGAUGAAGGAUCAGGAUUGCAUCAGAUUGCACAUGGAGCCCCUGGCCGCAUCCGUCAAAGACCACGCCAAGCAAUGGAUAGAUUGUUACGGCAAACUCCUGGUUGAGUCGGCCAGAUCCAGUCUGUUCAGUCUCAGAGAUGAACUCGACAACAAAUCAGACGACUUGAAAGAGACUCCAAGCUCGCUAGAAGAUCUGAAGUUCAUCCUGCGCACAAUCUCCGACAUCAAGGAUAUGUCGAUGGAUGUUGAGACGAGGAUUAGGGAUAUCCGGGAAAGGUACCGCACCAUGGAGAUGUACAACUUAUCAAAGUCUGAGGAAGAGCGCACAUUGAACGAGAACAUCAGCCAGAUAUGGGAGGACCUUGUGCUCGAGUCAAAGAAUGUUGAUGCUAGUCUUGUAGUGGUCAAGAAGAAAUUCACAGAGAUCACACAAACAAGUAUCAAAGAGUUUGGCACGGAUCUCAAAGGCUUCCAGGAACGGUUCCGUGCAGAUGGUCCAGGGGCCGUCCGCGGUGACCUGGAGAAGGGUCUGGAGCUGAUGAAGUCCUACAAAGAGGAGUUGAACAAGUAUGAGGCAGAGAGGCAGGAGUUGGCCAAUGCCGAGAGGCUGUUUGACCUGCCUAUUACCAUGUAUCCUGAUCUCUUACUGGUUCAGAAGGACUUCAAGGGUUUGGAGCUGAUCUAUGGCAUCUACGAGGAGCAAAAGGCUGCCAGGGAAGGUUGGGCCGAGACACUGUGGGGGAACUUGAACAUCCAAGUCCUACAGGAGGGUGUUGACAACCUCCUCAAGAACCUCAGGAAGUUGCCGAGGGAGAUCAAAUCUAUGCCUGUUGCCAGGGUCCUCGAGGAAAAGAUGAAAGAAUUCAAAGACUCACUGCCGUUGUUUAUGGACCUGAAGAACGAGGCUCUGAGAGAACGCCAUUGGAAGGAUCUGAUGACGAAAACAGGCCAGUCCUUUGAGAUGAACCCCGAGACGUUUACCCUGGAGAAUGUGUUUGCUAUGGAGUUGCAUCGAUUCCAGGAUACUAUUGCUGAGAUUGUUACAUGUGCUACCAAAGAGUUGAGCAUUGAAAAGGGCGUGAAAGAGGUGGAGGAUACGUGGGCCAACCUGAAAUUCAACGUUCAGAGUUACAUGAAGGGUACAUCCAACCGCGGCUACAUCCUGGGAACAGUGGACGAAGUCAUGCAAAACCUUGACGACAACGCCAUGAAUCUUCAGAGCAUGUCGGCGUCGAGAUUCGUCGGCCCGUUCAUGAAUGCCGUCCAGAACUGGGAGAAGAGUUUGUCGCUCAUCAGUGAGGUUUUGGAUGUGUGGAUGGUCGUACAGAGGAAGUGGAUGUACCUCGAGGGUAUCUUCAUCGGUGGAGACAUUCGAUCACAGCUGCCGGAGGAAGCAAAGAAGUUUGACCAGAUUGACAAGACUUUUAAAAAGAUAAUGGCAGAGUGUGCCAAGAACCCCAACAUCAAACAGUCCUGCCAUGCUGCCAACAGAUUGUCGGAUCUAGAAAAUCUCAGCGCAGGUUUAGAAAAGUGUCAAAAGUCGUUGAACGAUUACUUGGAUUCAAAGAGGAAUGCUUUCCCAAGGUUCUUCUUCAUUUCCGACGAUGAACUGCUGAGCAUUCUUGGAAGUAGUGAUCCGGAAUGCGUACAAGAACACAUGAUUAAGAUGUUUGACAACAUUGCCUCAUUGAGAUUCCAAAAGGGUGCCAAUAAUGAGACAUUAGCGUCUGCCAUGGUUUCCAGCGAGGGUGAGAUGAUGGAGUUCAGGCAGAAUGUGGGCGCCGAGGGGCGUGUUGAGGACUGGAUGACACAGGUCCUUGGGGAGAUGAGGAAAGCCAACAGACUCGUCACCAAGGAGGCAAUAUUCUUCUACUGUGCUAACGGAAAGACCAGAAUACAAUGGAUGUUCCAGUACCAAGGUAUGGUGGCACUGGCAGGGAACCAGGUGUGGUGGACAUGGGAAACAGAAGACGUCUUCAAAAAGGUCAAGAAAGGACAAAAGAUGGCGCUAAAGGAUUACGCUAGGAAACUUCACACUCAGCUGAACGACGUCGUUGUGCAGAUUCGAUCGCCGCUCUCGAAGAACGACCGGAAGAAGUUCAACACUGUGUUGAUCAUUGAUGUGCAUGCCCGUGACAUCAUUGAUGGGUUUGUGCGAGACAGUAUCAUGGAUGCCCGAGAGUUCGAAUGGGAAAGUCAGCUGAGGUUCUACUGGGAGAAGGAACCGGAUGAGCUGCUCGUACGGCAGUGUACUGGAGAGUUCGGAUACGGUUAUGAGUACAUGGGGCUGAAUGGACGUCUGGUCAUCACACCACUCACUGACAGAAUCUACCUCACACUCACACAGGCCUUGUCCAUGUACCUUGGUGGUGCCCCAGCUGGUCCUGCUGGUACUGGUAAGACUGAGACAACCAAGGAUUUAGCCAAGGCGCUUGGUCUUCUGUGCGUUGUCACCAACUGUGGUGAAGGCAUGGAUUUCAAGGCUGUUGGCAAGAUCUUCUCUGGUCUUGCUCAAUGCGGUGCCUGGGGUUGCUUUGAUGAGUUCAAUCGUAUUGAUGUGUCGGUGCUGUCUGUCAUCUCAACUCAGCUCAAGACUAUUCAGAAUGCAUUGGCUUUACAGCUCAAGAAGUUCCAUUUUGAAGGCCAGGAAAUUGCCCUUGAUGGUAGGAUGGGUAUCUUCAUCACCAUGAACCCUGGAUAUGCAGGUCGUACAGAACUGCCUGAGUCUGUUAAAGCCCUCUUCAGGCCUGUCGUCGUCAUCGUUCCAGAUCUUGAACAGAUUUGUGAAAUCAUGUUGUUCUCUGAAGGUUUCCUUCUAGCAAAGAUUCUUGCCAAGAAGAUGACAGUGCUGUACAAGUUGGCUAAGGAGCAGCUCUCCAAGCAACAUCAUUAUGACUUUGGUCUCCGUGCCUUGAAGUCUGUCUUGGUCAUGGCUGGUGAGCUCAAGAGAGGUUCACCCGACCUAUCUGAGGAUGUUGUGCUCAUGAGAGCCUUGAGAGACAUGAACUUGCCCAAGUUUGUGUUUGAGGAUGUGCCGCUGUUCUUGGGUCUCAUCAGUGACUUGUUCCCUGGGUUGGACUGCCCACGUGUCCGCUAUCCCAACUUCAACGAUGCAGUGGAAGGCGUCCUCGAAGACAAUGGCUAUGUUGCAUUGCCCCAACAGGCUGACAAGGUUGUACAGAUGUACGAGACAAUGAUGACACGUCAGACGACCAUGAUUGUUGGCCCAACUGGUGGUGGAAAAUCUGUGGUCAUCAACACAUUGGCUCAGGCACAAACAAGGCUCGGCCUGGUGACGAAGCUGUACACCCUGAACGCAAAGGAUCGUAGCGUCAUCGAACUGUACGGUAUCUUGGAUCCAAACACUCGUGACUGGACCGAUGGGCUCCUCUCGAAUAUCUUCCGUGAUAUCAACAAACCCACUGAGAAGAAAGAGCGAAAGUAUAUCGUCUUUGACGGAGAUGUUGAUGCAUUGUGGGUAGAGAACAUGAACUCUGUCAUGGACGACAACAAGCUGUUGACCUUGGCUAAUGGUGAACGUAUCCGCCUUUUGAAUCACAGUGCCUUGCUCUUUGAGGUUGGUGACCUACAAUACGCCUCACCUGCCACUGUGUCAAGAUGCGGUAUGGUCUUCGUCGACCCCAAGAACUUGGGCUACGAUCCAUUCUGGCAGAAGUGGGUGAAUAGUCGAGCCACCAAACAGGAGAGAGAUGAAAUGGCGCGCCUCUAUAAGAAAUACGUCAUCCCCUGCGUGGACAUGAUCAUUGAGGGAGUGGUCGAUGGAAAACAACAAGAGAAGAUGAAGACGAUUGUGCCUCUCACAAACCUGAAUUUGGUGACCCAGCUUGCCUCCCUCCUUGAUUCUCUCAUCACCAAGGAGAUCCCCGAACCUGAUGUCCUCGAGGCUUACUUCCUUCAAGCUUUAUACUGGUCAGUAGGAGGUGCCCUACUUGAAGAUGGACGAGUCAAGUUUGACAACUACGUCAAGUACUUGGCUUCGUUGAGUGCAACGAAUGACGAAUCUCAACUCGCUGGACCGGGUGAGCUGCCGGGGACAAACUCGCUGUAUGAGUAUUUCUGGGAUGGUGAGCAGAACAAGUGGGUCCCGUGGGCGCAACUCGUCCCGAAGUACAUCCACGAUCCAGAAAUGAAGUAUAACCAGAUUCUGGUGCCGACCAUCGACACUGUGCGGACGACUUGGCUUCUGAAUCUGCAGACAAGUAUAAAGAAACCUGUGGUGCUGGUGGGCGACACUGGAACAUCGAAGACAGCUACCACGCAGGCCUUCCUUAGGAAUAUGGACACAGAAUCUCAUUUGCUGCUGAAUGUGAACUUCUCCUCCCGAACCAAUGCGUAUGAUGUGCAGAGGAACUUGGAGGCAAACGUUGAGAAGAGAACGAAAGAUACGUAUGGUCCCCCGCCUGGUAAGAGGUUGCUCAUCUUCAUUGAUGACAUGAACAUGCCCCAGGUUGAUCAGUACGGCACCCAGCAACCCAUCGCCUUUCUAAAGCAGCUGCUGGAGCGUGGAGGCUGCUACGAUCGUGGCAAAGACCUCAACUGGAAGCAGAUUAAGGACAUCGGCUUCAUCGCAGCCAUGGGUAAAGCUGGCGGCGGUCGCAACGAAGUCGAUCCACGUUUUAUCUCCAUCUUCACCGUCUUCAACAUGACGUUCCCGUCGGAGGAGUCUCUCUAUCAUAUCUAUAGCUCAAUCCUUAAAGGGCACUGCCAGCCAUUCGACAAAGAUAUCCAGGAUAUUGUGCCAGACAUUACCAAGAUGACAAUGCAGCUUUACUCGUUCGUCGUGAAGGAACUGCCACCAACUCCAUCCAAAUUCCACUAUAUCUUCAACCUGCGAGACCUGUCGCGUAUCUACAGCGGUAUGUGCCUGACCACGCCAGACAGGUAUGAAAAGGUGGAGCACUUCCUCAGGCUCUGGAGAAACGAGUGCUCGCGUGUCAUCUGUGACAGGCUUAUCAACGAAGAAGACAAAGUCACUGUCAAUAAACACAUUGAAGCACUGCUUGACGAAUCAUUCAAGAAGCACAUGGAAUAUGUCGUCAGGGAGCCAAGUCUGUUUGGGGAUUACAGAACGGCUAUGGAUGAGUCCGAACCAAGGCUUUAUGAAGACAUACAGGACUAUGAGGCAGCUAAAGCAUUGUUCCAAGAGAUAAUGGAGGAAUACAAUGAGCGCUACACAGCCAUGAACCUCGUUCUGUUCGAUGACGCCCUGGAGCAUUUGACGAGGAUCCACCGCGUCAUCCGUAUGGACCAGGGCCACGCCCUCCUGGUCGGUGUAGGCGGCAGCGGCAAGCAGAGCUUGACGAAACUGGCCGCAUUUGCUGCGGAGUGUGAAGUGUUUGAGAUUACUCUGAGUCGUGGUUACUCCGAGUCCUCCCUCAGAGACGACCUGAAGAACCUCUACAAUAAGCUUGGCAUGGAGAAUAAGAAAGUUGUCUUUCUCUUCACUGAUCAACAUGUGGUCGAGGAGGGUUUCCUUGAGUUGAUUAACAACAUGUUGACAUCUGGUAUGGUGCCCGCUCUCUACGCCGACGAUGAAAAAGAGCAGAUCGUUACCGCAAUGAGAAACGAGGCCUCCAAAGGUGGCGCCAUCCUACCUAAGGAACAAAUCUGGCAAUAUUUCGUCACAAAGUGCGCAAACAAUCUUCAUAUUGUCCUUGCCAUGUCUCCUGUUGGAGAAACGCUGAGAACACGUUGUAGGAACUUCCCCGGUCUGGUCAACAAUGCCAGUAUUGACUGGUUCUUCCCAUGGCCUGAACAGGCCUUGUAUGCUGUGGCCAGUGUCUUCAUUUCACCUGAUAAUUUGUUGAUCCCAGAUUCACACCGUGAUAACGUCGUCAGCAUCAUUGUAUUGGUCCAUCAGUCCGUCACGGAAUACAGCAAGGAGUUCCUGAUGAAGCUGCGUCGAGCAAACUACGUCACGCCAAAGAAUUAUCUCGACUUCAUCAACACGUAUUUGAAACUUUUAGAGGAGAAAGACCAGUGGGUUUUAGCGCAGUGUGAUCGUCUUGUUGGAGGUCUGCAAAAACUAGCCGAAGCCAGUGAACAGUUGAACGAGUUGAAUGAAAAGUUAGCGGUUCAGAAAGUCGCCGUGACAGAGAAGACAGAGGCUUGUGAGUCGCUGUUGGCCGAUAUUACGUCGGGUACUGAGCAGGCGACGGAGAAGAAGGCGAUGGCCAUGGCGAAGGGUCAGGAGAUUGAGGAACAGUCAAAGAUCAUUUCAGUGGAAAAGAAAGACGCUGAGGAUUCGCUCGCUGAAGCCCUGCCGGCCCUGGAAGCUGCAAGGAUUGCUCUUGAGGAUUUAGAUAAGUCUGAUGUAACAGAAAUCAGGUCCUUUGCCAAGCCCCCAAAGGCUGUACAAGUGGUGUGUGAGUGUAUCGUGGUAGUGAGAGGCUACAAGGAGGUGUCCUGGAAAUCGGCCAAAGGAAUGAUGGCCGACCCCAACUUCUUAAAGACUCUCCAAGAAAUGGAUGUUGACAGUAUUACACAAAAACAGGUCCAGACUGUCAAAGGUUUCCUCAAGGACAAUGACAUGAACAUGGAUGACAUGAAGUCCGUCAGUAAAGCCGGCUCGGGUCUUCUGAAAUUCGUGGAGGCCGUCAUGGGUUACUGUGCAGUUGCCAGGGAAAUUAAACCCAAGAGGGAGAAGGUGGCACGCCUUGAAAGGACAUAUCACCAGGCCAAGCGCGACUUGGAUAAGAUCAACAAAGAGGUGGCUGCCCUUGAGGCCGAGUUGAAGCGUCUUGGAGACGAGUACGAGAGAGCCAUGUCUGAGAAACAGGCCUUGCAAGAAGAAGCAGAGAUCAUGGAACGACGUUUGAUUGCUGCUGAUAAGCUUAUCUCCGGUCUUGGGUCUGAGAAUAUCAGAUGGACCAAAGACUUGGAAGAACUGAAGAAGAUGAGAAUCCGUCUGCUUGGCGACUGUCUACUGAGCUCAGCCUUCCUCAGCUACAUUGGAGCAUUCAGCUGGGAGUUUAGGACAAAGAUGGUAUAUGGUGACUGGCAGCAGGAGGUGCAGGACAAGGAGAUUCCACUCAGUCAGCCUUUCAAACUGGAAGAGUUACUGACAAAUGAUGUUGAAGUUAGCAGGUGGACAUCAGAGAGCCUGCCCCCAGAUGAGCUUUCCAUCCAGAAUGGUAUCUUGACAACCCGCGCCAGCAGAUUCCCCCUCUGCAUCGAUCCUCAGCAACAGGCACUGACCUGGAUCAGGAGGAAAGAAGAACAAAACAAUCUCAAGGUGUGCACUUUCAACGAUCCCGACUUCCUGAAACAACUCGAGUUGGCUAUCAAGUACGGCUUCCCAUUCCUCUUCAAAGAUGUGGAUGAAUACAUCGACCCGGUCAUCGACAAUGUCCUUGAGAAGAACAUCAAAGGUGGACAAGGGCGAGAGUUUGUCAUGCUCGGAGACAAAGAGGUCGACUAUGAUCCAAACUUCCGACUCUAUCUCAACACCAAACUCUCCAAUCCCAAGUACACACCCAAUGUGUUUGGAAAGUCCAUGGUUAUCAACUACCAGGUCACACUGAAGGGUCUUGAAGAUCAAUUGUUGUCUGUCAUCGUGAAGUUUGAAAGAAAGGAACUGGAGGAACAGAGAGAGAGGCUCAUCCAGGAAACAAGUAUCAACAAACGUCUGCUGAAGGAUCUAGAGGAUUCGUUGUUGAGAGAGUUGGCGACGUCAACGGGUAACAUGUUGGAUAAUGUGGAGCUGGUAUCAACCCUGGAGGAAACCAAGUCCAAGGCUAGCGAGGUGACAGAAAAGUUGAAACUUGGUGCCAAGACCGCCAUAGAUAUUGACAAACUUCGUGACGGAUAUCGUCCGGCUGCAAAACGUGGCGCCAUCUUGUUCUUUGUCUUGUCCGAGAUGUCGACGAUCAGCAGCAUGUACCAGUAUUCCCUGGCGUCUUAUCUCGACGUGUUCGAGCUGUCCCUCAAGAAGAGUUUGCCCGACGCCAUUGUGCAGAAACGUCUCCGCAACAUCAUGGACACUCUGACGCAUAAUGUCUAUAACUAUGGGUGCACAGGUAUCUUUGAGAAACACAAGCUGCUCUUCUCCUUCCAAAUCAACAUCAAGCUCGAAAUGGAUGAAGGUCGCGUGAAGCAGGACGAGCUGGACUUCUUCAUCAAGGGGAACAUCGCCCUCGAGAAGGCCAAGAGGACCAAGCCGUUUAAAUGGUUCCCAGAUGAAGGAUGGGAAGACUGCGUCCGCUUGACCGAGAUUGCACCUGAAGCCUUUGGUACCCUUCUUGACGAUAUUGAGAAGAAUGAAACAGCUUGGAAAACGAUUUUUGAACUGGAUGCUCCUGAAUCUGCUCACCUUCCUCUUAAAUAUGACAAAGUUCUAUCCGAGUUCCAACGGCUUAUGCUGCUACGAUGCUUCCGUGUCGAUCGAAUUUAUCGUGCCAUCACCGAAUACAUCACCAAGACGAUGGGCGAGAAAUACGUUACACCCCCAAUCAUCAGUUUUGAGUCGAUCUUCGAACAAAGCACACCAAUGUCACCAAUUGUCUUUAUUCUCAGCCCUGGAUCUGAUCCUGCUAGUGAUCUAAUGAAGCUCGCUGAACGGACAGGGUUUGGCGCCAACAAACUCAAGUUCCUCUCCAUGGGACAGGGCCAGGAAAAGCUUGCCCUCCAAUUAUUGGACACAGCUUGUUCCCGUGGCCAAUGGUUGAUGUUACAGAACUGCCAUCUGUUGGUGAAAUGGUUACGAGACCUUGAAAAACAGCUUGAGAAGAUUACCAAGCCGCAUCCCGACUUCCGGCUUUGGCUGACGACUGAACCAACUCCCAGCUUCCCUAUUGGCAUCUUACAGAGGUCACUCAAGGUUGUGACUGAGCCACCUAAUGGUCUCAAGCUGAACAUGCGCAGUACCUACCACAAGAUCAGCACGACAGCCCUCGCCGAGUGCCCUCACCAGGCCUUCCCCUCCCUUGUCUACGUGCUGGCCUUCUUCCACGCAGUCGUACAAGAGAGGAGGAAGUACGGCAAAGUUGGCUGGAACGUCUCGUACGAUUUCAACGAGUCUGAUUUCCGCGUCUGCAUGCAGUUGUUGAAUACGUACCUCACAAAGGCACAUGAACAGGGAGACACUAAAAUACCUUGGAGCAGUUUGAAAUAUCUUAUUGGAGAGGUGAUGUACGGUGGUCGAGCUAUUGAUAAUUUCGAUCGUCGUGUCCUCAAUACGUAUAUGGAUGAAUACAUGGGAGACUUCAUCUUCGAUACGUUCCAACCUUUCCACUUCUUCCACAAUGAGGAGGUUGACUAUAAAAUUCCCGAGGAUGGGCCCAGAGACGUUUAUGUCGAGUAUAUCGAGUCGCUUCCCCUUGCUAACACCCCUGAGGUGUUCGGUCUCCACCCGAAUGCUGAGAUUGGUUACUAUACUCAGGCAGCCAGGGACACUUGGAGCAACCUGGUGGAUCUACAGCCACAGACUGGAGAUGUUGGGGGUGGCAUCAGCCGUGAGGAUUUCAUCUCCAAGAUUGCCAAGGACGUGUUGAGCAAGCUUCCCGCCGAGUUUGACCUGGAUAAGAUUAGAAAGAAGUAUGGUCUGGAAGUGUCGCCCACCACAGUUGUGCUGCUGCAGGAGUUGGAGAGGUUUAAUAAACUCAUCAAUAGAAUGAGACGAUCGCUUCAGACUCUUCAGAGGGCUUUAGUUGGUGAAGUUGGUAUGAGCAGCGAGCUGGAUGAGGUUGCCAGAGCUCUUUACAAUGGCCAGAUUCCCAACAUCUGGAGAAAACUUGGCCCAGAAACCUUGAAGACGCUUGGUAACUGGAUGUUACACUUCCAGAAACGUUUGGCACAGUAUAAUGUCUGGGUAAAUGAUGGAGAACCUAACGUCAUGUGGCUGUCAGGCCUGCACAUUCCCGAAUCCUACCUGACUGCUCUCGUACAAGCCACAUGUCGUAAGAACGGCUGGCCUCUGGACAAAUCCACGCUGUACACUGCGGUCACCCAGUAUGCCCAAGCUGAGGACUGCCAAGAGCGAGCUCAUGCCGGGUGUUUCAUCUCGGGGAUGUACCUGGAGGGUGCGGCGUGGGAGAGGAAAGCCAUGUGCCUGAUCAAGCAGAAGCCCAAGCAGCUCAUCCAAGAGCUCCCUGUGCUCAAGGUUAUACCCAUUGAAGCCCACAGGCUCAAACUACAGAACACGUUCCGUACCCCUGUGUACGUCACGUCGCAGAGAAGGAACGCCAUGGGUGUCGGUCUGGUAUUUGAAGCUGAUCUUGCCACCACUGAACACAUCAGUCACUGGACACUCCAGGGUGUCUGCCUUAUUCUCAACACCGAUUAGACAAGAAUGCCAGUAUCGAGACUCCGGUGGGUCUUGAGCAGAAUACCUAGUUUUGAGAAAAUUUGGUUCAAGGUAGAAGCUGAGCUCUGAAAACUGAAGUAGUAACUACUAAAGGUCAUGGUAGAUAGCACCUUGCUGCUCCUUGCUGCUCUGGACCUUCAAGUUGGAAUCAAAAGAAAUUGUUGGAAGAGAUUCAGGAGUCAUUAUAAAUAUAAUGAUCGGAAUUUGUUCAUUAUUUCAUUAACUUCUUGCCUUGAGCUGUAACUACAUUGCCACUGCUGACAGUUAUAUUCAAUUUUGUCAUUAUUGAAAAGUACUAUUUGCAAAUAUUUUGUUUUGUGAUGUUAAGGGUUAGACCGUGAUAUCUUAUUCCUUUGAAACUGCUGAACUGUUGAUAAUUCCGUCCAUGACAGAAAAAUCCUCUUGCUUAUUCUUAAUUCUUUACUGCUGACCUGGACAGUGCGCUGAUAGAUUGUACUUUGAUAAAAAAUGAUAUCAAAUUUGACCUUGUCAUAACAGCAGACCUGCCAACGCGUACAAUUUGGAGUAUUUAAAUGUACACUCUUUAUCACCUGCGUAAAUGAAAAUGAUAGUCCUUGACUGCUGGAUUUUGCAAAGGAAAAUGCAAUAGGAGUACAGGUUGGGUUGAUAUGAAAUGACUAGAAGACUCCAAAAUUGGCAAAAUUCCACUGAAAAUACUCCAAAAUCCAGUUGAAGCACUAUUUGAACAUUUUGGGAGUUGGCAGGUCUGCAGCAAAUUACGAUUUAGAAAUAGUGUAGUCCCUGUAAAGAUGUGUUUACGUUCUGCAUGUGUAACUGCAGCAGGAGAAAUCCGUCCAAUAUAACUUUUGAUAUAUUUUCCCCUUGAAACCGUCCCUUAUUGUAUUAGCCGCUCGAAAUCAGUCCAACAGCUAAAGACAGAUUGGCCAAGAAGUAUUAUCUGCCUCUCCUGAUGUCCUGAAGAGGUCAGUCUUCAUUGGUUAUGAUAGGCCCAUCAAAGAUAUCCGUUGGUCACGAAUCUGUCUUCGAAGACACUUGAAUUUUCGUCGACGUCUGGUGCUGCCAUUCAACUUUUGCUUGGCUCCAGGCGCUUUGCGUAAUGUAUCUAGGUGUCUCUGCAGAUAGCAACCUUGUAUUUGGGAAGAGGUUAUCUCGUGUAGCGGAAGGCAUGGCGGCUAUUUCAAUACAUUAUAUAAUCAGACAUUCAUAGUUUAUUUCGCUUUGUUACCAAGGAAACACCUGGUCUUUUUCCUAGCAUACAUUCCAACUAAUGUAAAAUUGUAUCUAUUUGUACAGAUGUUUUUCUCUUGCAUUUAUAAAAAUGAGUAGGCCUUUUUCCUGAUUUAUUGACAACACUUUGUACAGAAAUUGAAACUUUAUUUUCAAAAGAUGUGAAUCCGUCCUGAAUUAUUUAUUAUCACUUUUAUAAUGUUAUACUUUUUGUAAUUUAUUUACCUACUGCUGUGAGCAAUUACAUUAAAA